AUGGUCGAGCAUGACAUUCGAUCUCCCGAUGAAAUCGAUCGCCAAACUGCUUUCAAGCAACAGGUGUUUGACCAAUCCAUCGCACUCUCUCGCAGUCGUAUGAAUGACUCGACUGAAUUACGAUGCUCUCUUUUUGUCCCUAGCCAAUCCACCAAAUUCCAAGAAACUCGCCUUACAAAAGCUGAAGUUGCUCAGGUAUAUGGAGUCGACGGUCGAGAGCUGCGAAAUGCCGACCUGAAAUCUCAGGGUAUUCCGCAUAUACUGGUUCGACCUGCUACAAUAUUUAUCAGCAUUCUCAGUCUACGUCUUCUCGUUCAAUCAGAUCGAGUACUUCUAUUUCUUCCCAACUCCGAAGCAGACGGUGUUAGGAUGGAAGAUGUAUUUGAACAUAAUCUACAAAGUAAAAUACAAGCUGAACAGGGGUCUGGAUUCACACCAACUCUACCAUUUGAAUUACGGGUUCUGGAUGCAGCGCUCGCCUCUGUCACUGCGAUUCUUGAGGCCGAACACUUGAUUCUUCAGGGAGAGGUUGAGAACCGUCUACGUGUUUCGGCAAAGGAGGACUUAGCCCAUCUGACUCUGGUUGAGCUUUUAGAGCGUGGAAAGCGAGUGGCUACUAUUGAACAACGUGCUCGUCAAUUUCGCUCAGCCCUCCAAGAGCUUCUAAAUAAUGAUGAAGAUAUGGCUCUUAUGUAUCUCUCGGAUCGACAGGCUGGCAAGCCACAUGCCAUUGCGGAUCAUCAAGAAGUCGAAUACCUAUUGGAAGCUUAUUAUAAAAAUGCCGAUGCGAUUGCGGAGGCCGCUGGUGCCCUUGUGGGUGAGGUUAACCGUACUGCUAGAGCAACAGAGUCUAUGCUGGAUGUUCGGCGGAAUCAGAUAAUGGUGUUUGAGGCUCAACUGGAGAUUUGGAUGCUGGGACUCGCGACUUCGACAUUCGUGGCUGGCCUGAUUGGGAUGAAUGUGGUGAACUAUAUGGAAGAGACGCCCUUUGCUUUUGCCUGGCUUGUAUCGGGCUGUGCAGUGGCGACUCUGCUGAUCGCGAGGUUUGGGAUGUUGAAGCUCAAGAGGUUCCGCAAAAUGCAUCUUUGA